AUGGAUGAUGCUGCUGGGUCACCUGAGGAAGAUCUUAGUCCGGUUGAGUUAGAGGUGCAAGAAUGCAGUCGGACCAGCGAAGAUCGUGAAAUUAAGGAUAAACUCAUGCGUAAAUAUAGUGGUUACAUUAGCUCCCUGAAGCAUGAAUUUUCGAAAAAGAAGAAGAAAGGAAAGCUGCCCAGAGAAGCAAGGCAAAUGCUGCUUGAUUGGUGGACCAUUCACUACAAAUGGCCAUACCCAACUGAGGCAGACAAGGUUGAGCUGGCCGAAUCAACGGGUUUGGAUCAAAAACAAAUAAACAACUGGUUCAUAAAUCAGCGGAAGCGCCAUUGGAAACCGUCGGAGAACAUGCAAUUCACUGUUAUGGACAGUAUUUAUGGACCAUUUUUCUGA